AUGGCUCAACUCGAACGUCCGCAAAGACAUGGUGAUGCUGAAGCUACAACGCCCUCUGAGCAAAGAAAACUUGCUGUUAAUCCUACUAUGGAACACUAUCUUCGAGGAACUGACUUUUUGAGGUCGUCAUCACCAACAUCCUUAUCAUCUCCAGUUGCGAGCCAUGAUGCCGAAGAUGAUCACAACCACCAUCAAAAGAAAUCGGUUCUCACCAAGGUGAUAGAGAAAGCUAAGAAACUGAAGCACUCACUCAGCACCAAGAAGAAACAUCAUGACAAUGAUAGCCAUGAGACCGAUACUAGCACCCCUGCAUGGAGUGCUAACUUGAAUGACAAUGAAGUUGAAGAAGAAGAUGCUGAAUACCUAGGAGCGCCAAUGUACAAAUCAGAGACAGCACCUGAAGCAUACAGGGAGACCGCAAAGCUACCAAGUCCUGUGCUUUCUGAGAAGCAUGUUUUGUCGAGCGGUUACAGUCAGAACUCUGAACAUAAUAAUGAGAAGUCUCCUAGUUCUGACCAGAUAGUAGCCGAAAGCGUGAUCACAAAGCUUCCCAAUGAGAUAUUCACAGGAAUUGUUCUCACGAGGACUCUUAGUUCUAAGGAGACAGCAACUAAGGCUGCAGCCACAAAGCCUCAUAGUCCAAAAAAGUCAGUAAGUGCAAGUAAUUCCCCUCUCAAGCCUCACAGCAGUCCUAGGCAGACACUAACCGAAUCUGAGGCCACAAAGAUUCUUAGUCCUAAGAAGACAAUAACUGAAACUGUGACUGAGAAGUUGGGAGCAGGCUAUGCCACCGUAUCUGAGAAGUUGGGAACAGGCUAUGCCACCGUAUCGGAGAAGUUGGGAACAGGCUAUGCCACAGCAUCAGAGAAGUUGGGAACAGGUUAUGCCACAGCAUCAGAGAAGUUGGGAACAGGCUACAACACAGCAUCAGAGAAAUUAGGAACAGGCUACAAUGCAGCAUCAGAGAAGUUGGGAACAGUGACCCAUACAGCAUCAGAGAAGUUAGGAACAGUCAGCCAUACAGCGUCAGAGAAGUUAGUAGGACCUGCUUAUGCCACAGUAUCAGAUGCAACACAUGCAAUUGCGUCGAAGAUAGAAAGUCUCACUGUGUCACCCCCAUUUCCAACAAACAGAGAGAAUGCCACUGCUUCACGCCCGGAUCCCUCAAAAAUAAAAGGUCUCACUGUCACAGCCCCACCACCUUCACAGAGCAUUACAGCUUCUCCACAAGCAUUGUCAGCAUCAGCAGCCGAGCAUAGAUCUUUGACACGUGUAGCUCUAGAGUCUCCACAACCUUCAUCAGCCCCAGCAGGUCAUGGAAAGACUGCCGAGCAAAUAUGGGACAAGGGGGUUUCUGUAAAGGAGUACUUGAUUCAUAAGUUUGAGCCCGGGGAAGAUGAGAAAGCACUUUCACAAGUGAUAUCUGAUGUGAUGAGUCCGAGGAAAGGUCCAGGUGAAGCUGGUGUGGUGGAGAAGGUGAAAGGGGCUAUAACUUCAUUGCUUCGGAACGAUGAAUCCCCCAGAGCUACUACUAUUUCACAGUCACCAUUGUCCUCAACGCAGUCAGCCUUGUGCCCAACACAGUCAGUUGUGUCCCCAAUACAGCCGGCCUUGUCUACAUCGCCACGCAUUCCCAUCUCUACCAAUGCUUAUGAAGUCGUUGAGGAAGAAAAUCGGGGAAGAAUACCUCAGGCUAAUUGAAAGGUGGAAUGAAACUCAGAAACUGUUGAUAAUUAAUCCUCUAGAGUUUAGUACUAGUAUAUAUACAUGUAUCAGUAG